AAAAAAAACAGACGCACUGCGAGUUCGUUCGCAGUACCAGAAUGCUCCAUUAUCGCGUAUCGCCAAUCUAUAUUAUGAUCAUGGGAUACAAUAUUCUUCGUUUGGUUCAUUCGAAAUACGACUAGUUUCGUUGACAGUUGGUUCAAAAGAGGAGUUUCGUCCUGAACUGAGAAUUUGUUUGAAGCAUUUUGAGAAAAACAUCAAUUACAAUGGUGAAUGUACAUUCGGUGAAGUAACACUUGAUGCGGAACGGUUACGCAACGGAACGAAGAUUGACUUCCAGUUUGGUUGGCCAGGGUCAUUUACACUAAUAACGGAAGCAUGGAGGACAACUGGAAAUCUAAAAAAGCUAAUGUCUCAUGAUGGCUUCCAACGUGAAAAUAUACCUCCGAGUAAAAAUUGGAUUGAACAAACGCUUAUUGGUACAAAUGGUUUUCGAAUGAGUGUCGCUUAUAGAAUAAUCUGUGCUACUGAUUAUUAUGGACCGCGAUGUUUUACAUUUUGUCAGCCGAUGUCCAGUACUGUUGGUCAUUUCCAGUGUACAUCGAAUGGUUCAUUGUCAUGUUCAGUUGGUUGGGAAGGACCGAGUUGUGACAUUGCACGCUGCGAUAAUUGCAUCAAUGGCGCAUGCGACCGACCUGGCUCAUGUCGCUGUAGAACCGGAUGGACUGGACCGAACUGUGAUCAAUGUGUAAGAUAUCCGGGCUGCAAGCAUGGCACCUGCAAAUUACCCAAUCAGUGUAUUUGCGAUGAAGGUUGGGGUGGACAUUUUUGCAACGAAGAUUUGAAUUAUUGCACACGACAUCAACCGUGUAGAAAUAAUGCAACAUGUAGAAAUACAGGACAUGGGCAGUAUACGUGUGAGUGCUCAGAUGGAUAUACAGGAACGAACUGUGAAAUUCGUGUACAGAACUGUUCGCUGCAGCCAUGUUCAAAUGGAGCUACUUGUGCUGAUAUGCCUGGAGACAACUAUACGUGUAUUUGUCCAAAGGGCUUUACUGGUCGCUACUGUCAAUUUGCUGCUAGCUCAUGUUCUGAUUCACCCUGUCAAAAUGGUGCUACUUGUAUGGAAAUUCGUGGAGCCUUUGGUUGUAGUUGUUUACCAGGAUGGACUGGUACUACUUGCGAUAUCGAGAUCAGACCUUGUGAUGGAGUGCACUGUUUUAAUGGAGGAAAAUGCGUAGAAAGAAAUGGUGGCUAUGACUGCAUUUGUCCGCCUGGCUUCAUUGGAAAGCAUUGUGAAGAGAACUCUAAUGAGUGUGCACAACUCAAUCCAUGCAUGAAUGGCGGACGUUGCAUUGAUGAAGUAAAUAAUUACAAAUGUCAAUGCCGGGAUGGAUAUAGCGGUACAUUAUGUCAGGAUUCGGUCAGUGCUUGUUUAAAUGAGCCUUGCAUGAACGGUGGCCAAUGUAUUGACGUAAAAGGCGGAGGAUACUAUUGUAAAUGUCGCAUCGGAUUUACAGGAAGUAAUUGUAAAAUUGCUGAAAAUGGAUGUAAUCAUAAUUCAUGCAGAAAUGGAGGUACUUGUGUCGAUUCGUUGCAAGGAUUUCAUUGUCUCUGUCCACCAUGUUUCUAUGGUGAGAGUUGUUUACAUCUUAAAUCGGAAUGCCGACCACUUCAGCACUAUAAUCGCACCAGAACUUUUGUCGUAAAGAUUGAAAAUGAACAGCAGAUACCUGGCAAGAAAAGAUUAUCACUUUAUCCAGAUCGUGAAGAUGAGCGUUAUGCAGUCGAACCUACUGUCAAUAUGAGGCUGCCAUCGUUAAAAAAGGAUGUUUAUACGGAAUGCUGUAAUAAGAUGGAUAUACGACACUCAAAGCGUUUCGACGGUGUGCGUUCACCUGUUUCAACAGAAUUAUCUGAAGAUGGUGGUAGUUAUUAUGAGGAAAUUGAUGAUGGAUUGUCAUUAUCAAAAGUGAUGUUGCAACAAGCGAAUAACAAAUCAGAAUCAGUUACUAUCAACCAUCGGAUAGCUCCGGAUGAUACUUCUAGACGACAGCCACAAGAUGUUGUUCAUAAGGUGACCGAUAUACAAACUAAUUUAUAA